ACGCCUUUUGAGAUGCGCCGCGCAUGCGCGAAGAACCUCCUGCCAUCCAAAAACGCCUAUGUGGCCACAUUAAAUAUUUAGUUACAGCUUUACUGAAGAACAGCUGCGAUGAACUUGUUGGUUUUGGCUUUCUUUGGGGUCUGCAGGUUCGCUUUAGCAGACGAGGACGAGAGACUGCCAAAUAAAUGCGAAGUGUGUAAGUUCCUGACCGUGGAGCUGCAGGCGGCGCUGGAGAAAAGCGGCCGGUCCAAGGAGGUGCUGGAGCUGGGAGAGGUGCUGGACACCGGCAAGCGCAGGCGCAAGAUCAAAUACAACACCUCGGAGACACGGCUGACUGAGGCGGUGGAUAACAUAUGUGAACGCAUCCUGCAGUAUAACGUCCAUGCAGAGCGGCCCGGCAGCCUCCGAUACGCCAAGGGUGCCAGUCAGACGAUGACCACUCUGAAGAACCUGGUUGACAAAGGCGUUAAGGUGGAGCUGGGCCUGCCAUUCGAGCUGUGGGACGAGCCCUCUGUAGAGGUGUCGGACAUGAAGAAACAGUGUGAGACGAUGCUGGAGCAGUACGAGGAGGUGGUGGAGGACUGGUACUUCCAUCAUCAGGACCAGAGGCUGGAGGACUUCCUCUGUGAGCGCCACGUCCUCAAGACAUCAGAGAAAGAGUGUCUAAACGAGGUAUGGAAAGGGGACAUGGGGACUAAGGGAGCGGCCGAGGAUGAGAAGGCACCAAGUGAUGACGCUGAAGAGGGGAAGACGCAUGACGCCGGGGAGCUAUGAACAUUUCCACAGCCGAAACGCUGUCCACAAGGAAACACCUCUGUUUUAGUAUUUAGCUGGGUUGUCAGCAAACCAAUGAGAAAUGAGGAUGAGAGUUGAAAUUGUGUGCUGUGACAUAUUUUCAACUGUAUUCCUGGAACCAAAUCACAGCUCUUGAUUCAACGGAGAUUACAUAGAUUACACUAAGAACACUGUUUUGCAAUAGGAAAGUUAAAAUGAACUUUUUCAGUGACUUUCAACACUAUCCCUGGUGCCAAAUUGAAGCAGAGACCUUCGGGAGAGAUUACAUUGAGUUGUAAUGGCGCAAAGUGAUGCUUCUACAGAAUUUAACUCUAACUUUGCUCUGAUAUUUUUCUAUGAUAGAUGCCAGCCUUAUAUAAACUGGCACAUCUGUUUAUGCACUCCUGAUGCUGAACAAGUUGAUUCAUGUCUGAUGCCUUCCAUUGAAACUGAAUCAGCACAAAGUAGCUACAACAAGUGGAGGCGUGGCGGUCAUGGAGCGCACAAGAAAAUGACUUACCUCUCCAGUGUUACCUUAUUUGUGGAUGCUGUUACUUUUAUAGACACUCAUAAUGGUAUGGUAUAAAUAUCCAGUAUUUUCAGUAUGUCAUUUAUCGAUAUUUUCAUGUGAACCUGCAAUCCUGAAAUGCAUUAUGUACAGUUUUUCAUAUUGAAUUAAAUGCUUUUAUUUAAACCUGUAGGUUAUU